CAUGCAACUCGCUUGCAUACUCCCAUUCUAGAAUUCCAUGCAUUGCCAACAACGAGACUGCAGUGAUGCCUGCGAUAUGUGGCGUAUGUCACGAAGCUGAGUCGAAAUAUCGGUGUCCAAAAUGCGAGACAAGAUACUGCUCGGUCGCAUGUAACAGAAUUCACAAGCCGGUACAUGAGGACGAAGCGUCUACCAACCCAGCUCUCACUGCUGCAGGACGUCCACAAGAUUCGGCAGUUCAGGACAGCAAAUCGACAAAUCAACAAGAUGACAAGUCGAAAUCACAUGAAAAUUCCAAGUUCGACGGCUUCGAGAAUGAUGCAGAAUUUAGACGGCUUUUGACCAGAUAUCCUUAUCUUCGAUAUCAGAUUCAGCUCGUAUACGGAAUCACGAUAGAGCCUGGCCCAGAGGACGCUUACACCUGGGGAAAGCAGAAAUGGUUCGACGAUGGCAGCGCGCCUCAGCGACCCAAGACAUUCAGGGGCCGUGGUGGACGAGGUCGUGGAGGUUUCAGAGGUGGCUAUCAGGGCGGACGUGGUAAUAUCGCGGACGAGCUGCCUGUCGAUGAGAGACAACAUGGCCCGUGGACGCAAGUGAAAGCUGAUAAGCAAGGUCUCGAUUUGAUCAAAAAGCUGCGAGAAGUGAACCAUGUCGAGCUCUCCGAAGGCAUGCGCGAAUUUACGAAGCUGUGUGCAAUCAGAUUUGGUGGAUGAAUUGAAUGAAGUGUGAAAAAAGUGUUCCGAUACAGAGGAGAACCAUUGAGCAAAAAGUGGACCGGCCUCGCUACAAAUUGAACGUAGGUCUUCCAGUCGUCCAACAGUCGGGGAAUCAGAACCAGUAUAGCCCGCGACCCCACUGGAUAUGCUGUACACUGCACCACGGCUCGAUCAUGCUGAAGAAAGCGACACAGAAUCGUGACUAUUCGCAAAAGAGAGACAGCACUGCCAUGCCUUGAACGACAGUAGGAAGAGCAAAGGCGAGAGCAAAACUGACAGCUUCACC